AUGGUAGCUCUGACUCCUGUCCAUUUCUUCUCCCAUGGCUCGACCAUGAUGCUCGGCGAGCCUUCGGACUCGGCCAGCUACUGGAAAAAGGCCGGUGACGAGGCGCUGGCACACAAAAUCAAGGGAGUCGUCAUGAUGGGCGCUCAUUGGGACGCGCUCGACGACAAGAUGGAGGUCGCGAUGAACCCCAAACCGUCCAAGUCGCCAGUCGCCUACGUCCAGCCCUCCAAAUACGUCGACUACAAGCUCAACCCGGACCUCGAGACUGGCGAGCGGUGCAUCUCGAUGCUCACAGAAGCCGGGUUUGAUGUGAGCGGAAACCCAACCUUUGACUGGAUUCACGACACCUACCUGAUCCUCAUCCGGAUGUUCCCCGACGGCUGUCCGCCCACCGUGCUCAUCUCGAUGAACACACGCUUCGACCCGCACUACCACAUGAAGGUCGGUGCAGCGCUACGGCCUCUUCGAAAGGAGGGAUACCUCAUCAUCGGCUCCGGCGGGGCAGUUCACAACCUCUACCGCAAUUAUUGGGCUCCGAUGCUGCGGUACGGCGACAAUUUCGCGAUGGAGAAGCCGCCGGAGCCGUGGGCACUCGAGUUCCGCCAGGCCUUUGAGGAUGUCAUCACCCACAACAGCGGCCCGGAGCUGCGAAGGGCGAUGACGCGACUCAUGAAGCAUCCUCUCUACAGGGAUGCGCAUGCCACGGACGACCACUUCAUGGCCGCCAUGUUUGUUGCUGGCGCUGCAGGUGAUGAGGAAGACAGGGGCGUUUAUGCAGAGCUUAAAGCGGAGGACUGGGAAUUGACAAACAUGUGCAACAGCCAGUUCACUAUUGGGGCAUGGCCUCGCACGCUAGCGACGGCCGGGUAG